AUGUGGUCAAGCAGAAAUGAAAAUGUCUGGAAAGGGGUUGCGUAUAACUCGGCCAUGAUGGUGCAGUGGGCUCUUGAUUUUCUGGAAGGGUGGCGUUGUGCGAAUGAGGUUGCAGUAGUGUCUGGGGUGUCGCUGAACGUCGAGCAGUGGAGGAAACCGCAAGCUGGCAGAAUUAAGUUGAAUACCGAUGCUUCCGUGCGGCAAGGCAAGAGCCGGAUGGGGUUGGGUUGGGUACUACGUGAUGACCGUGGGAGGUUCAUGGCGGCGAAGAACGUGCUUGCAACUGGGAAUUACUUGGUCAAGGAAGUUGAGGCCUUGUGCGUUUGGGAAGCCCUAAGUUGGCUCAAGGUAGAAAAUGUAAAGGAUUUAGCAUCCGAGAUUGGGGAUGUCGAAUUCAAUUUUGUUAAGCGAUCUGCGAAUUGUGCCGCCCACUAUGUUGCUAGGGAGGCCUUUUCUAUGUCAGGUUGCGGGGAGUGGCUGGACUCCCCUCCAUCUUUUCUUGUGAACGUUCUCCAUUCUGAUUCAAUGAAUUAA